AUGAAGAUCUCAAACGUCCUCGCACUCGUUCUCCUGCCAGCAGCAGCACUUGCCACACCAAUUCCUCUCGAAGACCGUGAGGCAUCCCCAGGCUAUGCUUCCUACGGUAGCUACCCUCCUCCAGCAGGAGGGUAUGGCAAGUACUCUGGAUAUGGUUCGUACAAGGAAAGGCGUGACGCUGCUGGCUAUGGCGCAUAUUCUGGCUAUGGCUCCUACCCUCCACCAGCAGGGGGCUAUGGAAAAUACUCUGGAUAUGGAUCAUACAAGCGUGUUGCGGACUGGGUAAAGAGCCUUUGGGAAUAA